AGGGUUAGACAUGUAGGUAUGGAGUAGGUACUGUUAGGCGUGUAUCUGCUUAUCGGGACCCGUGCCGGCUUCUCGGCUAGAAUUGCGGGUGUGACGUAUCCGGGAAGCAAAUGGCGCAACGCCGAAGUCGGCUAACUAACCCGUGACCUUGCCGUGCCCAGCCGGUCAUACCGCCAUUCCUUCUUCCGCUUACACUAUUUUGCGAAUUGAAAACCAAUAAAACUUCCCACAAUAUAUUUAUCGUAGUAUUUGUGGUAAUCUUAUAUUCUCAAGAAUAUUAUUGCCGGGAAACUGGACUAGAUGUUUGAAAGAAUUACCGCACCCCUCAGGUGGUUCUAUCAUGAAUUUGGAAUCGCUGCGAUUCAUGAAACUGGCUCGGAUGCCUACCUUAUCAUCCUCGCGCGAACUGGCCGCAUGUUCGCCUAUGGUACCACAGCAUUGAUUCUAGCCAUCUUUUUUUCCGCAUUAGAAAUAUCGGACCACCAGAUUGGCCUUUUUAUGACACUCACACUACUGGGGGAUGUUAUCCUUGGGACAUUCCUUACUCUUGUGGCGGAUCGCAUUGGUAGACGAAGGGUAAUGAUCGCUGGCUCGUUGCUUAUGAUUUUGAGCGGUGUCAUUUUUGCGAUAUUCGAAAAUUUCUGGAUUCUUUUGUUGGGCGCAAUUGUCGGGGUUAUUAGUAUAACCGGUGGUGAUUUUGGCCCUUUCCGAAGCAUAGAGGAAUCUAUGUUAUCGGAAAUUACCACAGCUUCUACAAGAGCAGACGUCUUAUCAUGGCAUGUCACUACGCCAUUACUCGGAUCUUCCUUGGGAAGUGAAGUAUCGGGUAGGCUUCUCCACUACCUACAGAGUAAGGAUGAAUGGUCGAAGGUCGAUUCCUACCAUGCUCUUUUUUGGAUCUAUUCUUUGAUGGGGUUGUUGAAUCUCGGUAUGGUUUUGAUGCUCUCGGAUGCGUGCGAGCUCGCGAAAAUGAAGAAAAGUUAUACGCAACUUCCACAGGGUGAAAGCGAAAGCAAUGUAAAUGCUAUCGACGAGAGCCCUAUGGAGAUGCCUAAUGUGGCUCCCGUAUCUCAGAACUGGGUUAUUCGAAGUUUCAAGUGGCUUUCAAAUCGAUUGGCCCAAAUAUCAGCGCCGACGCGAUCCACAAUGUACAAGCUAUGGUUUUUGUUGGCUGUCGACUCGUUGGCUGAUGGCAUGGUGCCUUAUUCGUUGACGAAUUACUACAUGGACGAAAAGUUCCAUCCUGCCAAGUCAACCCUUGGCGACAUCACUUCGUUUAGUUACUUCCUUGGUGCGUUUUCGGCAGCGUUCGCCGGUCCUCUUGCACGAAAGAUUGGCUUGAUCAACACGAUGGUAUUUACGCAUAUCCCAUCGUCAGCAGCUGUAUUGGCAUUUCCAUUUCCGCCUUAUCUCUGGAUGACGGCGGGGUUGUUGCUCAUUCGCGCGGGGUUAAAUAACAUGGACCAAGCGCCACGCGCCGCUUUUAUCGCAGCUGUGGUGAAACCUGAGGAACGAACAGCGGUUAUGGGUAUUACUUCGACAGUCCGCACACUAGCAGCCACAGCAGGUCCUACUGUUACGGGCAUUCUCGCAGCGAGUAAACGAUUCUGGAUCGCGUUUGUAGUCGCGGGUUGUUGCCGUCUUUCAUACGACUUGGGCCUUUACGCCAUGUUCGUCAAUAUGAAAAUUCAUGGACAUGAGACUAAACCGGUCGAUUCGCCGAAUGGGCAAGAUGCAAGACGUGUACCGGAUGAAGAGAUGGAGCUUGAAAGCCUAGCCGAUACUGACAGUGGCAGUGAAAGUGAAAGUAGCGAAAGUAGUGAAGAAUCGUGGCGCGAGAAAUCAGCAUCCAAGACGGUUAGCCUUCAACCUCCUAGUGGAAAUCAAAGAGUUCGAAGUAGGAGCCCACGACGUGCAUCGGAUUCGGAGGAUUGAUGAAAAAAGGCGUUUUAAAAGAGAGAGAUUGCAUUC